AUGGCGGAACGAUAUAUCCCAGAGCAUCGUCGAACGCAGUUCAAGGCGAAGAACACCUUUAAGCCUGAGGAACUGCGUCGUCGUCGUGAAGAGCAGCAGGUCGAGAUCCGCAAGGCUAAAAGAGAAGAGAAUCUUGCCAAACGUCGAGGUAUCGGAACCGGUGAGAACAGACCUGGUGCCGCUCUCGGUGCCGCUCCGGAUAGCGACGAUGAUACCGCUCCUACAGAAUCUCAGUUGAACGAGGACCUCCCUCAAAUGGUUCAAGGAGUCUUUUCAGACCAAGUUGACUUGCAGAUUCAAGCCACUACCAAGUUCCGUAAGCUGUUGUCCAAGGAACGCAAUCCCCCGAUCGAAGAGGUCAUCAAGACCGGUGUCGUUAGUCGCUUCGUCGAAUUCUUGCGGUCUCGUCAUACUUUGGUGCAGUUUGAGGCUGCUUGGGCCUUGACCAACAUUGCUUCUGGUUCCGCCACCCAGACGCAGGUGGUUAUCGAGGCUGGUGCCGUCCCCAUCUUUGUCGAACUCUUGGCAAGUCCUGAGCCAGAUGUCAGAGAACAAGCGGUCUGGGCGUUGGGCAAUAUUGCCGGCGACAGCCCUCAGUGCCGUGACUACGUCUUGAGUUGCGGUGCUCUCAAGCCCUUACUCAAUUUGCUCGGUGACAGCCGCAAGCUCAGCAUGCUUCGCAAUGCCACCUGGACUCUGAGCAAUUUCUGCCGAGGCAAGAUGCCUCAGCCUGAUUGGAAUACUAUUGCUCCCGCGCUCCCGGUCUUGUCAAAGCUCGUUUACUCUCUGGACGAUGAGGUUCUCAUCGACGCUUGCUGGGCCAUCUCGUAUCUAUCUGACGGCUCCAACGACAAGAUUCAGGCCGUCAUUGAGGCAGGCAUCCCUCGCCGGUUGGUAGAGCUUCUAAUGCACGCCUCCACCUCAGUCCAGACCCCUGCCCUUCGAUCGGUCGGCAAUAUUGUUACCGGCGACGACGUUCAAACCCAAGUCAUCAUCAACUGUGGCGCUCUUCCUUGCCUCUUGUCUCUGUUAAGCUCCACCAAGGACGGAAUCCGCAAGGAAGCCUGCUGGACUAUCUCCAACAUCACCGCUGGCAACACGUCUCAGAUCCAGGCUGUGAUUGAUGCCAACAUCAUUCCUCCUCUGAUCCACCUCCUACAGAACGGCGACCUCAAGACUCGAAAGGAAGCUUGUUGGGCAAUUAGCAACGCUACUUCCGGUGCUUUGCAGAAGCCCGAGCAAAUCCGCUAUCUUGUGGCUCAGGGCUGUAUCAAGCCUCUCUGCGACCUCUUGACUUGCCCUGACAAUAAGAUCAUCCAAGUCGCCCUCGACGGUCUUGAGAACAUUCUCAAGAUUGGCGAUCUUGACAAGCAGGCGGCUGGUGAGGGUGCCGAGGCAAUCAACCGAUUCGCUCUCUUCAUUGAAGAGUGCGAUGGCAUGGAGAAGAUUCACGACUGCCAGAACAACGCCAACGAGGACAUCUACAUGAAGGCUUACAACAUUAUUGAGAAGUACUUCUCUGAUGAUGAGGAGAACGCAGACGAGGGCAUGGCCCAACCUGCUGGGCCUAACGGUACCUUUGGAUUUGGCACCAACGGCGCCCCUCAGUCGAGUGGUUUCAACUUUGCCAACGGAGGCGACUCCAUGGACAUGUAA